AUGGAUCCAGAAGUUGCAUCCACUACAAUGGAUGGUGGAGUAAAGGAUGAAGUAACGGUUAGGCAAAUUAACCAAACAACCAAGAAGAUGGACGAAAUAUCCUACUCCAUGGAAGAUUCCCCAAAAAGCACAAUUGAUGAAACCAGAAAAUUAAAAAGGAAGAGGAAAAAAAUGGAAGAAGGAAAAGCGAUGACAAAAUUCCUAGACAAAGGAAACCAACUGAGUUUAUAUGCCCAGAUAAAGAAAAGCAAAACGAAAGGUAGCAGCAAAAAAGGGGGGGAGAGGGAGUUGGAAUAUCAAACUGAUAUUUCUUCUAGCAGUGAAGACGACGAGGUGGAAGAGGACGUAAUUGAUGAGGAGAAUGAUGUCGAGGUAGAUCACCCCUCGGAGGAAGAAAAUGAAACAAAUAAGAAAGAUAAGAAAGAUAAGAAAUAUAAGAAAAUAAGAAAAGAAGAUGAACAAACAAAAGAUCAACCAUAUGCAACAAAUCGACCUCAAAGAGGAACCGCCCUCGACAGAAAAAAUGACCAGAUUACCCCUUCUGAUUACGAAAAACUACUAAUGUCAGAAAAAAACAAUAGCGCUAUCUGGAUUAGCUAUAUAGCGUAUUAUAUAGAAAAGGGAAAUUUGGAAGAUGCGAGAAAAAUAGCAGAAAGAGCGUUGAAAAAUAUAGAUAUACAUAAAGUAGAAGAGAAACGAAAUAUAUUUUUUUGUUACAUAAAUAUGGAAUGUAUAUAUGGAAAUAAGUUAAGAGAUAUAUUCAAAAGAGCCUUACUUUGCUGUAAUGAAAAAAGUGUUUACAUACAUACAACAAAUGUGUUAAAAAUAAAUAAAAAGUUCAAUGAAUUAAAAGAAUUAUGUGAAGAAUCAAUUAAAAAAUUCCGUUAUUCUAAAAAAAUAUGGUCUCAUUAUUUAGAAAUUAUACAUAGCACUUUUAAUGAUGAAAAAUAUGCACAUGAAAUUUUAUUAAAAUCUUUACAUUCUCUAGCAAAAAAAAAACAUUUAAGUAUGAUCAUAAAUGCAGCUAGAUUUGAAUAUAAAUAUUCUAAUAAGGAAAGAGGAAAAAGUUAUUUUGAAAAAUUAAUUCAAGAAUACCCCAAAAGAUCGGAUGUUUGGUUUACUUACUUAGACAUUCAUAUUAAUUCUUUAACCAAAAACGACACAACAACAAAAAAAAAAAAAUUAAAUACAAAUGAACUGCAAUUUGUCAGGAACAUAUUCGAACGGUUUAUUUCGUUCAAAUUUAAAACAAGAGUUAUGAAAAUGAUUUUUACCAAAUGGCUUGUAUUCGAAAAAAAUCAUGGCACUGUUGCUAGUCAGAAGAUGGUUCAGCAAAAGGCUUACAAGUACGUCGAGAGUUUGAACUCCCUUAGUUGA